AUGCCUGAAGCCUUUUGUGAAAACCCAGCCAAGGCCCCCUUGCUGUAUUUUGACUUUGUUGAGAUCUGUGGCGGAGCUGGGAAGGUUGCUGCAGCUUUGACUGACAUGGGUUUUGUGUGUGCCCCGAACCUUGACCUGUCCGAGUCCCGUCACUAUGACUUGACUUCUUUGCGGUUUUUGGAGUGGAUCAUUUACAUGAUUGAAGAGAACCGCUUCCGAGCAUUCCUCAUCGAGCCUCCUUGCACCAGUUUCAGCCCGGCUGCCCAUCCAGCUGUCAGGUCCUACCGUGAGCCUCUUGGAUUUGAUCGGCUCAAUCCAAAGACAUUGCACGGCAACAUCUUGGCUUUUCGGUCCCUGGUUCUAUUGCGUGUUGGUCGUAGGCAUCGUCGUCCCUGUGGUCUUGAGCAAAGCCGUCUUAGCAAAAUGGCCUGGCUCAGUGCUUGGAUCAGUCUUCGCUCCCAGGGUUUUGAAGAAGCAGUGAUAGCCUCAUGCCGCUUCCAAUCCAUCCAUAGGAAGGAGUUUCGGUUUUUGUGCUACCUGUUGGACACGGAGUUCCUGGACCGUAGAUGCCUGGGGGGUCACACGCAUGUGAAGGUUGAAGGCGCGUACACCAAACCCUCAGCUGUUUACACUGAUGGCCUUGCACUGCACAUCGCCUCCGCUUUCAGACUAGCCUUGCGGAGGUUGACAGCCGAGGAACUCCUUGCACCUGAAGUCUCCGGCCAUGAGACGAUCCUCUCAAAUGAUGUGAUGUUGUCGUCCAAGUGGGAAGUUGUCCGUGCUUGGUUUUGGAAGCGUCAGGGCCACAUCAACGUUUUGGAAUUGUCUUCCACAGUUUCAAACCUUGUGUCCGUCAGUGAGUCUGAGUCUUCUGUCCGGUUCUGCAGCCUUGUGGACUCUGCUGUUUGCAAAGGAGCGCUGAGCAAAGGGAGGUCUUCUGCCCGAGCCCUACAGCCCCUCUUGAAGCGUACCUGUGCUGUCUGUGUUGCCCGUGAUUUAUACCCUGGAUGGAUUUACACCCCAACACGUCUCAACUGUGCCGAUGACCCUACUCGUGAUCAAGUUCUGCGUUCGCCUCUUGGUCAUGCGCUGUCUGUUUUCCGUGCGCCUCUCGAUGUCCUUCGUGCCUUGAGUUUGUUCGGUCUCCGGAGGUUUGCAUCAAACUGGGUUCGUCUGGUCCUGUUAGUGAUUUUUCCGACAGGCUGUGAUGCUUCUCUCUUCGGCGAGCAACAUCAGGUUUCCGUGGGUUCUUGUCUUCUUUGUGACAGAUCCCUUCUGUGGACCUCCUGUGGAUUUUGCCCCUUGCCCUGGACUUUUCAGCUCAGCACUCAAUGGAUUUUUCCGAGUGCCUUUCUUCUGGUUGGUCUCGUCCUUUCGGUUCUGUGCUUGAACCUCUUUGGUCGUGCUGUGUCUGGUCCCCGGGCGGUUGGGACCAGAGCGGCGACCCGGGCUGGGAAUCAUUUGGUUUGCACACGUGCGGUUCGCCAGCAGACAAUCGAGAAAAGGAAGAUAUAUCUGGAUGGUUUUCGAACAUGGCUGCUUUCAGAGAAGGGUGUUUCUCUUCGGGAGCUCAUCGAGUCGAAGCCUCCAGAUCCCGAGCGCAUUGCUGAUUUUCUCAUUGACUACGGUCGAGAGCUUUACAUAGCAGGUCGGGCCUACGGAAUUUUUGCCGAGACGAUCAACGCUGUCGCGGUUGAGCGGCCCUUGAUUCGGAGGCAAUUAACAGCAGCCUGGGACCUUGCUUUCGUGUGGCUCUCGGACGAGCCCCACCAGCAUCAUCCUGCUAUGCCUAUCAGUGUCAUGGUAGCUCUGGUAGCAGUAGCACUUUGCUGGGGAUGGGCUCAUGAAGCAGCAGUGAUCUUGCUGGGCUGGACAGGUAUCCUCCGCAUAGGAGAAGUUCUCGCCGCCACAAGGCGGGAAUUGGUGUUGCCCGUCGAUGCCGUGCCAGGCACCACCUUCGCUUUACUGAUCAUUCGUCAACCGAAGACACGGGGCAGAGCGGCACGGCAUCAAGCAGCGAGAAUUGAUCAGGCAGAUGUGAUUGCCUAUCUGACAGCGAUGUACGGAAGCAGCGAUCCUACAACGAAGAUCUGGCCUUUUUCAGCUUCUACCUUGAGGAAGCGUUUUGGUUUGCUGCUGACGGCUCUCAAGCUGCCUACCAAGAAGCUCCCCGGCAUUGCUCCCUUCGAUUUGGGGAGUCUACGACCAGGAGGAGCCACUUGGCUUUUGCAUCAGCUUGAAAAUCCAGACAUCCUGCGCAGGAGAGGACGCUGGGCAUCUUGGCGCACCAUGGAUAUCUACAUCCAGGAGGUUCAGGUCGCAACUUUUGCAGAGAAACUGGAGCCAGAAACGCGGGAUUUAAUUCGACUAUAUGCUGGUGGCUAUGCGAGCCUGAUUGAGCGCUGCACAGCUUUUCUCAACACAGGCAUCCCAGCCACGGUUUGGUUUUACCUUUUGAAAGCUGCAGGUGACCUUGAGCAGACCGCCGGAAAGGAUGGGGGAGACGGUGAAUUUCAGCCUUCAGCCAACAACUACCGACUUGGCGCCUGUGUGGUGAACUGGUCCUCUUUUUUGACGCCGCAAAGGCGACAGCAGCUGAAGACCACCGUGCUUCGCUAUGCUGAGCCUUGCGAGCACCUGAGUCCCGAGCUGCAGGAGCUGUGCAAAGAUUUGAAUUCUAUGGACUUCGAAGGGAGCCCUAAGGUGGGCAGACGGUGA